CCCUCAGCUCUGUGGAACAGACUUUGUGCACCCCCUUGCUUUCUCUCUCCUCACCUCAUUGAGCUGAUGCAUCUGUGUCCACUAAAGGCUAAUUCCUUCCUAACGCAGCCCUGCUUCCCUCUCGCACACUACAGGAUACGCCCACAUCACUCUGAGCAAGGACAUCAGUUCAAGCUUGUCUACCGGAUUCUGGAGGGAGGAUAGCACCGCAGGCAGGGGAGCCAAGCCGGAGACGACCAGCAGUCACAGUGCCCACCACAAUCAAGGGAGCCAGUCACCCUGUCCUGAUCAGCACAGCACCAUGGACUCUGCAGAGUAUGUGCUCUGUGGCUGGAAGGGCCAGCUGUGGCCUGCAAGGGUGCUGUCCAGACCCGGGACUUCAGCCCAUAGGAAGAGGAGAGGGGCAUCUUUCCUGGAGGUCCAAAUCCUGCCUGUGGGUGAGAAGACGAGAGUAAGGAGCACAGAGGCGAGGCCCCUAACCAAGUCUGAAACCGUAACCAUCGCCUCCUUGGCAGGAAAGGAGUCACAGGGCAAAAGCUCGCCGAGGCAGACCAGGGCAUACAGAAAAGCCCUCAAGGUGGCACUGGAUGUUCUGGGCGAGGGAACCUGCUUGUAUCAAGGAGGAAGGGCAGGUGGCAGAAGAACCAGCACAGCGGCGCCAAAGGUUCCGAAAGAGCAGGCCAGCUCCAGCCCACGCCAGCGCCUGCACCUCCAAGGGCGCAACCAGAAAGGCCAAGGGCUCUCCCACAGGAGUCCUGGGAAGUGGGGCCGCCCGGGAUCUGUGUGGAUGGGCUCACCGAAUAUGCCUGCAGUGCAAGGGGGGAAAGCCCGGGCGCACAGUGCUGUUGGGCACGCUCACUUUGAAAUGCAAGGAAACAUGCCAAGACGCACCAGAGUGUGGCCAGGUUCCUGCAAGACACCAGCAGGAAAUGCUGGUGAUAAUCCCAGCAAGAGAAAGCUGAGCACAUCCAAGCUCAGGUCUUUGAGCGCCCCGGCCUCCAGGGAGGGUGCCCGGGAUAAAAAUGAGCAGCAGGCUGCCUCUGGGCCACCGAGGCAUGUCUCUACCUUGCCCAGAGCUCCCAAACAACAAGUACGGUGCGGCAGCCUAGAGAUCCGGGCUAUUGGAGCCCAAAGGAAGACCACCCUCCCAGAGAACGAGGAGGACCCCGGCCGGGGGACCCCGAAACCAGACUCAAAGGGAGCAUCGGCAGCCUGCAUGCCUCCAAUCCCGAGGCUACGAAGAUCUCUCCGCAUUGCUACCCGGAAAAGGAAGAUCCAUGUGCUGUGUGCACAAUGCGGGCUCCCAGAAUUGGCAACUAAGAUGCACUCAAAGGCAACUAACACCGGGGUCAAGAGGAGAGCGGCUGGAGUUCAAGAAGACCGCCAAGCCACCAACGUGGCUUCUGCUCAAGAGCCGAGUACCAUCGAACGAGGCAUGCUGGUCUGGUUCAAAUUCCAGGACCUUCCUUUCUGGCCGGCGGUGGUCAAGAGUGUCAGCAAAAACGGCAAGAUGGCGAGGGUGCUGUUGAUCGAGGGCAACAUGCAGUUUGAGCACAGGGGUGUCAGAGUCCCUCUCCGCAAGCUGAAGCACCUGGACUGUGGAGCAAAAUUAUCGCUCCUGCGGAGAGCCAGCAGAGUGUACAGCCAGGGCAUCAGCUGGUGCCUCUCAGUGAUUGACCACUACAAAGAAGACCUUGCCUGUGGCUCCUUCCUGGGCUCCUUUAUGGACUACUACACCUCCCAAGCCAGUUAUCCGCUAAGGAGAGCCAUCCAAGAGGGCGACCUGCACAUUGAUUUCCCCAAGGUGAGCUAUGCCGACUUGGAAGAUUGGGAGGAGGAGACAGCCCUGGGUGGGAAGGGGCCCCGCAAGAAACUCCUGCCUGACCGCAUGAGGGCCGCUUGGGACAGAGCCAACCAGAAGCUAGUAGACUUCAUCGUGAAGAGAAAGGGGGCCGACCAGCACCUGCGGGACAUUGUGAAGGGCAGGAAACCGUCCAGGUGGCUGGACGACCUUUGGAAAUCAAAGAGGGAAGUCUUCUGCAUUGAGACCUACCUGGAGGAUGAGGACCAGUUGCAUCUCGUGGCCAGACACUUGCAAGAAAUAUCCAAGGAAGCGGAUGAGGCCCUGCUCUCGCUGGCAAGAGGAGACAAAGUCCGGUUUACCAUGGAGGUUCUUCUUCCAGAAGCAAUCAUCUGCUCCAUCGCUGCCCUCGACGAGCUUAGCUACAAGGAGGCAGAAGAGAAGUACCUGCGUGGCCCACCCGUGCACUACCGUGAAAAAGAGCUCUUUGACAAGACCAUCCUAAAGGCUGCCCGGAUGAGGUCAGCAUCCAGGAUUCGGGCUGCCAGGAACCCCUCUGCACCCUCUCCUUAGAAGGGAGCUUCCUCCUUUCAGCCAUCACCCCUGCAGCUCCACCUCCAAAAGAGGACCAUCUGGGAGACUCUGGGGUUUGCUAUGGCCACUGUGAAAGCUCCUCACUGCACACGUUUCUCCCCUCCCACCCACCCACCCACCCACACCCUCGAAAUAAAUGUUCAUGUCCAUGCUUGACGGUGCAGAUGUCCACAUCGGCUCGACAAUUCCUGUAAGCUUCAGGCCAGGCCUAGCCCUCUUUAGCCUGUGCCCAAGGCGCGGUGGGGGCGCCUCUCUGGAACGUCACCAGCCAUGGGUGGAGUAUUAGCUAGCUAUGCACAGCCUUGCACUCUCUGCACGGACCCCACGCACCCAGACAGCACACCAGGUCCCUGAUGACACUAUGUCUCUCUCCCUGUCCUCUCUAGGGUUCUAUGGAUGGGUCCGGAUUCCACUGUUUUCUCCAUUACCUCAUUCUUGCUCACUCACGUUGAAGGAGAGGAACAGAUGUGUGCUUUGAGCUGUGCUUUGAAGCCAAAGAAGGGGUUGGAAAUGUUGUGACCUCGGAGAUAGCCUGAUUUCAAA